AUGGCUACACAGAGCUCCACGGCAACAUUGGAUAUCCACCAAGCGGGUCCCGACUCUGUACAAAGUUCGACAUCAGCCUUCACUGACUACGACUGCUGGAAUGAUGCCGCAAGCGGGGGAAGCUAUGAACGGGACAGCAUGAACGUACCAAUAGCCGACACGCCAGGCAUACCCGAGUCCGGAACAUCCAGCAUGCCGGACGUGGGGGAGGGUUCUGGGCUGACACCGGAAGCGCAGGACGAGUGCGAAGAAUCUAAGUCUGGCAGCAUCGCCGAGGCGCCUGCGUCCGCCUCUGCAUUACCACCCGAUAUGCCCAGCGAAGGCAACAUCGCUUCACUCAAUGGCCCCGAAGAAUCAGAUCCAGAGGUGGACAUUGACACGCUUGAAGCUGCUUUCCAGCACAGACGCUUUUAUUGCGGUGUCUGCUUCACCGAGUCAUUCACAUGUACCUGGCCGCAAGGCGGUUCGCCAUCGGAUAAAGACAAGCCGUGUGAGUCGUGCAGGAAAUAUGGAAGAGUCUGUAAGCCUAUACAUGAAAGUCACGUCAGGAAGCGGCGAGAGCGUGCCGAGAAAAAGUUGGAAUGGCAACGGAACAGAAAAGCGAACCUGAUCGAAAAGAAAUAG